UGAACGGAAAUUCAGACAGUGUACAAAUGCAUCGCGAUCAAAGACGUCUAGCCCACAGUUCUGUGGAGCUUCCUCAAAGCCACACUGGCUCUGAGUAGCAGCUGAUGUACAGACGCACUUCUUCCGCAGCUACAGAAGAAUAAGCAACUUCUUCCCCCACCAUGGACAGUGUGGCGGGUGCGGUGUACACAGCGCUGGAGCUGCUGAUCGCCGUGAUGUGUUGCCUGGGCAACCUGCUGGCCAUCUGGGCAGUGCAGGCCAGUGGCUCCCUGCGGAAGCCCACCUUCUGCUUCAUGGCAUCGCUGGCGGCGGCGGACUUCCUGGUGGGCGCCGUGGCGAUCCCCGCGGCUGUGCUGGUGGACGGCCGGGUCAGGACCUCCUUCGACAGCUGCCUGUUCCUCAGCUGCGUGGAGAUCCUGCUGGUGCAGGCCUCCAUCCUCAUGCUGCUGGUCAUCGCGGUGGAUCGCCACCUGCGCGUGCAGAUGCCCCUCAGAUACAAGCACAGCUUCACGCAGAGGCGCUGCUGGGCCGUGGUCGGAGCGUGCUGGCUGCUCGCCUUCGCGUUCAGUUUCACGCCCAUGUUCGGCUGGUACAACCGCCAGACCCUGGCCAAGAUGGUGGUGGAGAACUCCACCACCAUCGUCUGCAGGUUCGUGUCCGUCAUCCCCAUGACUUACCUGGUCUACUUCCAGUUCUUCGGGUGCACGCUGCUCCCCCUGCUGGUGAUGUGUGCCCUCUACGUCCACGUCUUCCGCUCCAUCUCCAAGCGACUGCAGAGGAGCCAGGCCCCGGGUGCCGAAUCCCACGCGUACUACGCCAAAGAGCGGAAGCUGGCCAAGUCCCUGCUGCUGGUCCUGGUCCUCUUCGCCAUCGGCUGGUUGCCGCUGAGCGUCAUGAACUGCGUGACGAUCUUCGGCGGCGACGUCCCUCUGGUCGCCAUCUACAUCGGGAUCCUCCUCACGCACGCCAACUCUGCCGUCAAUCCGGUCGUGUACGCCUUCAAGGUGCCGAAGAUCCGCAGUGCGUACCUGCGGGCCUGGAGGAAGUGCGCCCCCUGCCGGCAGCAGAGGGUAUCACAGAGCACCGAGAGCAAGGACUUCAGCACCAGAACCAAAUCCAUAGAAGACCUGACCAAGGAACGAGAUUAUUCUGAAAGUAAUCUACAUACAGUCUAACUGUGUGCUCAUAUUACCAUCAAUAAGCCAUUCUGCUUACUGUUAAUUAUCAGCAUAGUUCUGAAACGCUGGCUGGGAUUCAAUCAACAUUUGUCCUUAACCUUGACUAACAAAAUCAAGAGUUGCCAAGAAUUUAUUUUUCUUCACAAGCACGCUUCUUCAGUUUGGGAAUCUCUGAAACUAACUUGCCAAAAUGAAUUUGCAAAAAAAACAUUCAACAUUAGCAAUUCCUUGUGAGUCAAAGUUAAAUUGUUGAUUGAAUCCGUGUAAUUGAUGAGCAAAUGUCUAUUUAUUUACUUUUUUAAGGAAUAUUAGUUCUAGCUUGUGCUAAAAGGCUAAUUAUAUAAUACUAUAUGAGAUAUGAGUGAAAUUAAAAGGGCUUUAUCAGUUCAAUUCCCCUUCUAACAUAUUAGCAUUAUAGCACAAUUUAACACAUUAGUAUCCCUUUCUGACAUACUGCCUUGUUUCCAGUCAUCAGAUAUUCAGAUAAACCCGCAGCGUCUACAGGUUUAACUCCAGUCCUGGAGGGCUGCAGCAUCUGCAGGUUUAACUCCAGUCCUGGAGGGCUGCAGCAUCUGCAGGUUUAACUCCAGUCCUGUAGGUGACCGGCAGACGCUGCAUAUAGAAUUCAAAUAUUUAAUCUUAAAACCUGAUAUAGAGCUUGUUUUGGCUUGCUGGGUGAUUCCACUAGUUUGCUUUAGACUGACCUAUCAAUUACUUUGGCGAUUUAAUUGAUAAUUUUCAUUUUCAACAAUAAUUAAUCAAUAACAUAAAGUAUAUUUUAUAUGUAGGUUAAGUGAGGGGUUCUAGCACGCAAUAGCGCUAGUGUUCAGUAUUUA